CUUCGCCCCUGUGCCAGCAAAUCGGCACCAGCCUUCCUGGGAGCCUCAUGGGAGCUGCAGGGAGCACUCGGGCAAGGAAGUGGGUCACUCGAGGGGUGACAGAGUAAGAGCAUCAUCGCCUGGGUACUGCAUCCCGUUGCCAUGGUGACCCGAGGGCUGCAUCAGUCAACAGCUUUAAAAAUGUGACAGUUGAGUGAGGCUGAAGAUUCUAAUGAGGACAGACACUUGCUCGCUUGGUUUCGAUAACAAAUACUCCGUGUCUCUUAAAAAUGGUCAAGGGGAAUAUUAUAGUCCCUGAAGACAUCUUGAGCUUCUGUUGCAAUGGCCUCCAGGGCUCGACCUCUCCACGCCGCGCCCGGGAGCCAGAGGAGCGGGAGGAGGCGCCGGGGGCCAUGGCGAGCCCCUUGGCGAGCCCCUCGCCCGCCCGCAACCCCACCGAGGUGCAGAUGAGCCAGCUGGUGCUGCCCUGCCACACCAACCACCGCGGCGAGCUCAGCACCGGCCAGCUGCUCAAAUGGAUCGACACGGCCGCCUGCCUCUCCGCCGAGAGACACGCCGGCUGCCCGUGCGUCACAGCUUCCAUGGAUGAUAUCUAUUUUGAGCACACCAUUAGCCAGCCGUGUGUAAGCCCUGCUGGGCCGCGGGACGGGAGGAGCGGUCUCGGUGUUGGGCAAGUUGUGAACAUCAAAGCCAAAGUGAACCGAGCCUUUAACUCCAGCAUGGAGGUGGGCAUCCAGGUGAGCUACGAAGACCUGUGCAGCGGGAAGCACUGCAGCAUCUGCAAGGCGUACGCCACCUUCGUGGCACAGGGCCCCUUGGGCAGCAAGGUGAGGCUGGAGCCGCUGACCCCGCAGACAGAGGAGGAGAAGAUCGAGUACAGCAUCGCCGCCGAGCGCCGCCGCAUGCGCCUGGUGCACAAGGACACCCUCAAGGACCUUCUCACCAGCAGCUCCCAGGAAACUGAGCGGGAGACGCGGGACGGCAGCGGGGCGGUGCCGGCGGAAAGGACACGGGUGGAGAGCGUGGAGCUGGUGCUGCCUCCACACGCCAACCACCAGGGCAACACCUUCGGUGGGCAGAUCAUGGCCUGGAUGGAGAACGUGGCCACCAUCGCAGCCAGCCGGCUGUGCCACGCCCACCCCACGCUGAGGGCCAUCGAGAUGUUCCACUUUCGGGGACCGUCGCAGGUCGGAGACCGCCUGGUGCUCAAAGCCAUCGUCAACAACGCCUUCAAAAACAGCAUGGAGGUGGGGGUCUGCGCCGAGGCCUACGGCCAGGAGAUGUCCACCAGCCGCAGGCACAUCAACAGCGCCUUCAUGACCUUCGUGGUGCUGGACCAGGAGGGACAUCCCCGCACGCUGCCCCUGCUGGCACCCGAGCCAGGGGAUGGAGAAAGGAGGUACAGAGAAGCCAGUGCUAGGAAAAAAAUUCGGCUGGACCGAAAAUACGUCGUCUCCUGCAAACAGACUGAGGUGCCGCUCUCCGUGCCCUGGGACCAAAGCAACAAGGUUUAUCUGAGCUACAACAACGUCUCUGCGCUGAAGAUGCUCGUGGCCAAGGCAAACUGGGUGCUGGCCAGAGAAAAGGAGAAGGUGCGGAUGUACACGCUGGAGGAGGACAGGUUCCUGUCGUUCCGCAUCGAGAUGUCGGUGCGCGUCGCGGCCGGCCGAGCCUUCUCCCUGCUCUCCAACCUGCGGCGCCGCCACGAGUGGGACAGCCACUACGUGAGCGCUGAGCUUGUCCAGAAGGUCGAUGAUGAUGACAUGAUCUACCACGUGGUGAGCCAGAAGCUCAGGAACGAGAACAAGCCGCAGGACUUCGUUAUCCUGGCGUCGCGGCGGAAGCCCUGCAGCAAGGGGGACCCCUACGUGGUGGCCUUUCGGUCGGUGACGCUGCCCACCCACCCCGCCAGAGCCGAAUUCACACGCGGCGAGACGCUCUGCUCCGGGUUCUGCAUUUGGCCAGAGUCAGAGGAGAUGAGCAAGGUGGCUUAUUACAACCAGGCCAUGCCAGGGUACCUCAACUACGUCACCACCAACGUGGCGGGACUGUCCUCCGACAUCUGCUCCACCUUUGAGGCCUGUGAGAAGUUCCUGCUGAAGAACAAGGAGGACCUGAUCUCACGGCUGCAGGACUUCUAGAGCCACAGCCCCCUGCUGACAGAUGGACAGACAGAUGAGGGGACACUUCUGUGGUGGAAGGGAAUGUGGGAUGGUGGCACCCAGACCCUGCCUCCUGGGGUGGAGGGCCAUUACUGUACCACCUCAUCCCUUGCACUGACAUGUCAUGUCAUACCUUUUCUUCUUUUUUAUUUUAAAUUUUAUUUAGAAAUUUUAUAAGCUGAUGUACAGGACGUGGUUUUCUAGUUCACUUAAUGCUACUUGAAUCUUUAUAUGACCAAAAUCUUCCCAAACGAGAUUUUUUUUUUUUUUUAUAUUUCUUGGUGGGGCAUAACUGGUUCCUUUUAAGGCAGCAAAGGGAGAGAGGGGCAGUGAUGUGUGGCAGGUGCUGUACCCCUCCCUGGUAUAGGGGUGGCUGCUGGAACAUCCCACUCUCCCCAGUGCUGCUCCUUUUCCUGGGCAGGCCUGGCAAACGGCCCCUGCUCCUCCUGGGCUGAAAUCCCACCCCAUGGGGCCAUGGAAGGAGCAGCAAUGAAAGUGUUUUGUAAGGACAAACAUCCAUAUGUGCUGUGGGUGAGUGUCUGCUCCAGGGCCUUGCUGUGUGGAGACUUGGAGCAGGGAUCCUGCACCCACAGCACACCUGGGGCUCAGGGUGGGGUCCUGUGAGGCAGGGGUGGUGCUCCAUGCAAGUGGCUUUUGGGGACUGCUUGGAGGUGUAGCUGUCAUGUCUGGGACAGCCCUCCUUGUCCCCUGGGUGCACCAGUACCUUGAGAUGUAAACCCCAAACUGCCUCAGAGAUGCUGAAAAAGGAAAAGACAGAGCCUUGUGUCCUUUAGUCUGGGAAAGCCAACAGAAUGGAGCAGGGGUGACAGUGAAUUGCUACUCAUCAGUCACAGCACAGGGGACAUCUGCCCUCAGCCCCCUCCCAGGCUGUCCUGGUCCACACAGAUAGAGGUUUUCUGAUGGCAUUGAGGUUUCUGGAAGGCUUGCUGCCUGCUGGAAAAUGAGUGAGCCCUGGAGCCCUUAGGGACACAGAGCUUGGGCACAGCAGGUUUUAGAGGUGCCAGUUGUGCCCUUGCCUCUGGCUGCAGAGCUCUGUGCUUAACCCCAAGGAUGGGUUUUGUAGAGCUUAACCAUGAGCAAGUGAUGGUGAUGCUGUACUUGGGGUGAGGUGAGAAAUGACCACAGGGUCUUUCCCAGAGCACCAGGUCUGCAACACCCAGUCCCUUUGCCACCCAAAUUUAUAAGCAGAAGGAGCUCCUGCCCCUCUCCUGUGGCCACCAGCCAGUGGCUCCCAGCCCUGUGGCCAUAAACCCCUAAUCUUUGCUGAUCUCCCAUCAUAAACAUCUCAGCUGAAGGCUGUGCCCCAACCUCCAAAAGAUAAAGCCACCUUAGGCUGAACAUAGUACAAAACAUUCAAUUUUUACAGAGCCCUCUUAUCUCCCAAAACUCAGAGCAAUCCUGCCUUUUUAUCACUGGGACAAGAGCCAUCCUUUCUACUAGGAAUUGCUGCUGCUUGAUUAAGUGGAGGGGAUGAUGUAUUUGCCUGAACAUUAAACUUUAACUGACCUCUC